AAGAAGGAGGGAAGAGCAGAAGGGGAGAAAGAGGGAGAGAACGAAAGACGAGCAGCAGGCGCGGAACCGGGAGAGGACACCGUGGAAAAGGGAAAGAGGAAAGAGGAAGGGGAAAGAGAAAGAAAGAAAGCCCGGCGCGUUAAACGCGAUGCCCAUGCGCGCACUGAGACGCGGAGACGGAGCUUCAUCAUAAAGCCGAGCGCGCGGGGAGAAACCGGGCAACGCUGCUGGUGCAAAGGGACAUUUUACGCAUCAUCACCACAACCACCACCAUCAUCAUCAUCAUCAUCAACAACAUCAUCAGCAGAAACAUCAUCACCAUCCAAAUAUGUCCUCGAGGUCUGUGUGAAAAGACACAUUCGGAUUACUUUCAUGCACUUCUCUGAAAGCUGAUCUACUGAUCAUCCAAGAAACCAGAGAGACACAGAGAGACACACAGAGAGACAGAGAGAGAGAGACAGACACGGACAGGAGCUUCAGAUCAGAUCAGAUCAGAUCGGAUAUUUGUGGGAUUUGAGAUUUACCCCCUUUUAAGAUGCACUUUCUUGGAGUAUCAGUGUGGUUUGCAUUUUCGGCGCUGCUCUACGCGAACCUCGCUUUCCAAUCAAGCCACGAGUACUACGAUUAUGAGCAGGAGGAAGGAGAUGAUGGCAUGGAGCUGUCAGAGCCGGAUCUGGAGGAACAGUUGCGUUCUGCGGGCAGCGUGGACGAGCUGAUGAGGCUACUCUACCCCAGUUACUGGAACAUGUUAAAGUGCCACUCGAAACGUAGCAUCAAUCCUCGCUUCUCUCACAGAGACCCAGACCCACACUCAGAGGAGCUCUCCUUCGCCGCCGCCUACUUCAACCUCGAUAUAUUUAAAAGUAUUGAGGCAGAGUGGAGAAAGACGCUGUGCAUGCCGCGCGAGGUGUGUUUAGAUGUGGGGAAAGAGUUUGGGGCGGCGACAAACACCUUCUUUAAACCCCCGUGCGUGUCUGUCUACAGAUGUGGAGGCUGCUGCAACAGUGAGGACCUCCAGUGCAUGAACAUCAGCACCUCCUUCAUCAGCAAAACGCUGUUUGAGAUCACAGUCCCCGUGAAGCAGCCGCCCAAGCCGGUCACCAUCAGCUUUGCCAAUCACACCUCAUGCAGCUGUUUGUCCAAGCUGGACGUGUACAGACAGAAACACUCCAUCAUCCGGCGAGCGCUCCCAGAAUGUCAUGUGGCGAAUAAAACAUGCCCGAAGAACCAGAGCUGGAGCAAUGGCUUAUGCAGAUGUGUGUCUGUGCACGACACACUCUUUCCCCAGCAGCACUCGGACCCACUGGAGCAGGACUUCUGCGGCCCCAACAAAGAGCUGGACGAGGAGACGUGUCGGUGUGUGUGUCGGAAGGACUUGAGGACGGCGGGCUGCGGGCCGAAACGUCACCUGGACAAGAAUACGUGUCAGUGUGUGUGUAAAACUCAGCUGAGGUCCUGCAGCCCUCAUCACACCUUCAACAAGGACACGUGCCAAUGCAGCUGCAACAAAGUGUGUCCGAGCACACACCCACUCAACCACACCAAGUGUGCGUGCGAGUGUACCGAGUCUCACAGCAAGUGCUUCCUCCGGGGGAGGAGGUUCAAGCCGGCCACGUGCAGCUGCUACAGGCUGCCGUGUCCUGGGGACUCGAGGAAGCGAGAAUGCGAGGAGGGGUUUUACUUCAGCGAGGAAGUGUGUCACUGCAUCCCCAAUUACUGGAGGAGACUGGAUUAGCCCAUGCAAAGCUAGCAGCUAACGAAGCUAAGAGAAGCACAGAGAUGCUAACAUAAGCAGCCUUCGUGGUGCCUGCUGCUAAUCAGACUCCUUUUCGCUAGCAUGGACUAGCAAAUCAGCAAAAUGGGGACUCACAAAAAAAGAAGGAAAAAAAAAGACAUUGGAUUGUAGCCCCAAAUAUCAGACAGAACUUUAAAGAGGCUGGAGCUGUUUUAUUUUCUACAUCUUCGAUUUUUUUUUUUUUUUUUUUUUUUUUUACUCAUUAUGUGUCAGAUAUUGAUUAUAUAAUUUAUUGCCACUAAAAAGUUUUUUUUUUUCUUCAUUUUUUGUGCAUAGCGAUUUUGAAUCUUCACAAAGGAAAUACACUGUGAUCAAUAUUUUUGUAUCAUGUGAAGUCCAGUAAAAAAAAAAAAAAAAAAAAAAAAAAAAAAAAAAAAAUCUAAUAAAAUAUAAAGUUGUAUUAUAUAUUGUUAACUUAUUUAUGAGCUAGUCUAUUAUACGGAAAUAGUACGGAUAAUGCAGAACCGUUUCAGUGUAUUCAGUUAGGAUCUAGCACUAGAACUUCUGUAUACUGUAUGAGUUUUAGCUCGAAAAUUCAAAAAGAAAGAAAGAAAAAAAAAAAGAUAUUUCUGAUAAAGAAGAGAAAAUGUAAGAGGGAAAAUUAUACAGAAGAUCCAGUCAGGGCCUCGUCCAGCAAAAAUCUGCACCGUGUCACAAAUAAACAUUUUAUAUUUUGUGUCUACAAAAAUUGUACCAGUGCAUCAUUCCUUUACAAAGGCAGAGCAAAGAAAGGUUCAAUCAAAGAAACCUGCACACGCACACACACACACACACACACACACACAGAGUGACAUGUUCAUGAAAUGUUCAUAUCAUGUUUACAGUAUUGGAUCCGAGGGACACGCUCACAAAGUGACGGGUGAUUGUUCAUUUUCACUCAUAUGUGUGCUUAUGAAGAACCAAAGAGUUAUGGAACACUUAUGAAGAACCAAAGAGUUAUGGAACACUUAUGAAGAACCAAAGAGAUAUGAAACACAUAUGAAGAACCAAAGAGAUAUGGAACACAUAUGAAGAACCAAAGAGAUAUGGAACGCUGAUGAAGAACCAAAGAGAUAUGGAACACAUAUGAAGAACCAAAGAGAUAUGGAACACUUAUGAAGAACCAAAGAGUUAUGGAACGCUGAUGAAGAACCAAAGAGAUAUGGAACACAUAUGAAGAACCAAAGAGAUAUGGAACGCUGAUGAAGAACCAAAGAGAUAUGGAACACAUAUGAAGAACCAAAGAGAUAUGGAACACUUAUGAAGAACCAAAGAGUUAUGGAACGCUGAUGAAGAACCAAAGAGAUAUGGAACACAUAUGAAGAACCAAAGAGAUAUGGAACACUGAUGAAGAACCAAAGAGAUAUGGAACGCUGAUGAAGAACCAAAGAGUUCUGUUAUGCUUCUGAAUAAAUAAAAAGUUAUGUAACUCUGAGGCAAUAAAGAAUUAUGGAAUGCUUAUGAAGAAAUAA